AAAUGAACAAAUAUAUGAAAAUCGUUUAUAUAUAUAGGCGAGCAGCAAAAGACAGUAGACAUUUGGCGGUUGUGGUGGCAGAAGGCCUGCUAAGCUAAGCAAGAAAAAAGAAGAACGCAGCCAAAGAAGCCACCAGAAAGAGAAAUUUUCUGAAAACCCGAAAAUACCCAAAAAAGCAAAAAAAUAGAGUAGACGAAAAAAAAAAGAAAGAAGAAGGCGGAACAGAAGCAAGAUUCAUAUCGCGGACAAUCAGAAGCUUCGAGAUUUUUAGAUUCGCGCGCAAAAAUGGGGUCAAAUAUGAACUUCAGGGCGUUCGGGAACGAGCUGCCGGCGAGCGGCGGCGGCGUAGGGAGGCCGCCGGGCGGCAAUCAGCUGGUGAGACAGUCGUCGAUCUACUCUCUGACCUUUGACGAGUUCCAGAACACCAUGGGUGGGAGCUUGGGAAAGGAUUUUGGUUCAAUGAACAUGGACGAGCUUCUGAAGAACAUUUGGAGCGCGGAGGAGAUCCAGUCGAUGACGUCGGUCGGCGGCGCAUCGGUCGCCGUGCAGAGCGGUGGCGGCGGCGCGCCUCUGCAGAGGCAGGGCUCGUUGACUCUGCCGAGGACGCUGAGCCAGAAGACCGUGGACGAGGUCUGGAGAAACAUUUCCAAGGAAGGGAAUGGAGCCGUUGGGGCUAGUGUACCGCAAAGGCAGCAAACCCUAGGAGAGAUGACUUUGGAGGAGUUCUUGGUGAGAGCUGGGGUUGUGAGAGAAGAUAAUAAUAGCCAAUUGGGUGAGAAGCAACCGCCGAAUGGAACUGGCUUCUUCGGUAAUAACAUCAACAACGCGAGUUUAGGAAUUGGAGCAGGAUUGAUCGGGAAUCGGAUUACGGAUACUAGUAACAAUCAGAUUCCAAUUCAAGCUGCGAACUUGCCUUUGAACGUUAAUGGCGUGAGAUCGAAUCAGCAACAGCAGAUUUUUCCAAAGCAGCCCGCUAUGGGUUACGCGUCUCAGUUGCCUCUGCAAACUGGGGCUAAUCAUCUGGGAAGUCCCGGUGUGAGGAGUGGGAUCAUGGGCAUUUCGGAGCAGGGUAACUUGGGAGGUGCUUUGGUACAAAGUGGAGGAGGGAUGGGAAUGGUUGGAUUAGGAGCUGGGGCUGUGACUAUGGCUUCUGGGUCGCCUGCGAAUCAGAUAUCGUCUGAUGGGAUGAAGAGCAACGGCGAUACGUCGUCGGUUUCGCCGGUGCCCUUCGUGUUUAACGGCGGUUUACGGGGGAGGAAGUGCAGUGGGGCUGUGGAGAAAGUUGCGGAGAGGAGGCAGAGGAGGAUGAUUAAGAACAGAGAGUCUGCUGCCAGGUCGAGAGCUCGCAAGCAGGCUUACACUAUGGAACUGGAAGCAGAAGUUGCCAAGUUAAAAGAGGAUAACGAAGAGUUGAGGAAGAAACAGGAAGAAAUUAUUGAAAUGCAGAAGAACCAGGCAAUGGACAUGAUGAACAUGCAGCGGGGAGGGAAGAAGCGGUGCUUGAGAAGAACACAGACAGGUCCAUGGUGAAGUGUAGCGGUGCGAUUGUGAAUCUGUAGUUGGAAGCUUGUAGUAGGUGUCUUGUACAUACGUAAGGCGAAUGUGUUUUCUGUUGUAGAUCAUGAGAGCUUUAGUGUGUUGUAGGUAACUUUUUUUUUUAAAAUAAUAAUAAUAAUAAGUUAUAUGAUCCUCCAUGGCUUCUCCUAACAUGAGUAUAGAUAGGGAAGGAGAAGCCGAAUACAUCUGUGAGAUAUUGCCUGAUAAUACAUAUUUUAGAGCCAUGUUAGUUUUUAUCA